AAAAUAGCAUCUCCCGUCAUUUCCUCUCCUGCGUUUCGUUCUGUAUUUACUGCAUUUCAAGAAUAGCAUGGCUGCGUUUCGUUCUUUGUUUGCUGCAUAUAUAGAAAGGGGAAAAUUAGUUGCUGAGAUUUGGAAUUUCAAUGUCGAUAGCUCUAAGAAUUAAACUUGGUUCCACAGGAGCUCGUCUCCUACGGAGCCUCGCCGCCGCACGGUCUUUCUCCGAUCAACCUCACGAACCAAUUGCCGACCGCCCCCUCAGAAAUCAAUCUCGGCCCCGUAAGGCGGAAACCGAUGCUGAUUUUCUCGAAAAAUUCAAGCUUGGACUGGACAGCGAUAGCAGCAUCAAAGAAAACCCUAGCAAGAACGAGGCAGUCGAUAGAGGUAGCGACAGCGAGGAUGCGAAUGAGAUAUUCAAGAAGAUGAAGGAGACGGGGCUGAUCCCUAACGCGGUGGCUAUGCUGGAUGGGCUGUGCAAAGACGGGCUGGUCCCAGAAGCGAUGAAGCUCUUCGGGUUAAUGCGCGAGAAGGGGGCCAUUCCGGAGGUGGUGGUGUACACUGCUGUGGUGGAGGGGUUCUGCAAGGCGCAGAAGCUGGAUGAUGCGGUGAGGAUUUUCAAGAAAAUGGAAAGCAAUGGAAUUGUUCCCAACGCCUUCAGUUACCAGGUUUUGAUUAAAGGGCUGUGCUUGGGCGGUGGGAAGAGAGUGGAGGAGGCUUAUGAGUUUAGUAUUGCGAUGUUGGAGGCUGGUCAUUCCCCCAAUUUGGCUACUUUUACGGGAUUGAUUGAUGCGUGUUGCAGGGAGAAGGGUUUGGAAGAGACUCGGAAUGUUGUGAAGGGAAUGAGGCUAAAGGGCUUCUUCGUGGAGGAGAAAGCGGUUAAGGAGUAUUUGGGUAAGAAAGGCCCCUUCUUGCCCAUGGUGUGGGAGGCAAUCUUGGGGAAGAAGGCCUCCAAGAAGUUUCCUUUUUGAGGCUUAAGCAUUUCUGUUUACUUUCUUCAUCUUUGUUUGAUGUCAGCCUUUACUCUGUUUUCUCCCUCUUGUUUAUUGGUCUGAAUAUCAAUAUAUAGGAUGCUUAUUUUUCUUCUUGUUCUUUAUUUGGUGUCAGCUUUUGCUCUUCUUGCUUCUGGUUUAGUGGGGAUAGGUCAAUUGUUUGUUUCACUCUAUGUAUGAACCCUUAAACAAGAAUGCGCCAUGUUCUUGCUCUAGAAUGAAAAUUGUUGUUUCAGUUGCAAA